GGCUCAUAUUUUGGACUCUUCUUAUAAAAAAGGAAUAUCAACAAAAAGUCUUUCUCUUUUCUCUUUCUUUCUUUGUUUUUUUUAUUUUCUUUUUUUGUUAUCAUUUUUUAAUGCGGGUUUGAAACUUUGAAGUUAGAAGGCACCAAGCUUGCAUUUUUCUUAAGGACACAUUCUGGGUUCUGAUCUUGUUAUCACAUUUGUGUUUCAAAAAUCAAAGAAAGAAAAAUAAUUUUCAAUGUGCAGUGGUCCAAAGAGCAAACAAGCUCAAACUAGUUUCACGAUGGAGGGUGAGUCUCAUAAAGAAGAAGGGCUUCCUCAAAAGUUUUCUAUUUUGCUAGAGUUGUCGGCUUCAAAUGAUCUGAUUGGCUUUAGACGAGCUAUUGAGGAAGAGGGUUAUGACAUUGAUGAGUCAAGCUUGUGGUAUGGAAGGAGAAUGGGAUCAAAGAAACUUGGGUUUGAAGAAAGAACACCCCUUUUGGUAGCUUCCAUGUUCGGGAGCAAAGAUGUGAUCAAUUAUAUUAUCAAAAGUGGCUGUGUUGAUGUUAACAGGGCUUGUGGUUCUGACGGGGCGACGGCUCUCCACUGUGCUGCUGCUGGUGGCUCCUUUGAGUCAGCUGAGGUUGUCCAAAUCUUGCUUGGCGCCUCUGCUGAUACCACUUCUGUUGAUGCAAAUGAAAACCGGCCUGGUGAUUUGAUUGCUCCAGCUUUCAACUCAGCUUUUAGCUUCAAGAAGAAAACGUUGGGGUCUUUGUUGAAAGGAAAGGAAAGUGUUGGUCAAAUAGAGGGUUUGCAUGCUCAGGUAGGAAAUGAGAUGGAAGGGCAAGAGCAGCAACAAAAUUCAACGGCUCAGGCUUUGAAGGAAGGAGCUGAGAAGAAAGAAUAUCCAGUCGAUCUUACUCUUCCAGACAUUAAGAAUGGAAUAUAUGGUACAGAUGAAUUUCGGAUGUAUACUUUUAAGGUCAAACCUUGCUCCAGGGCUUACUCCCAUGACUGGACUGAGUGCCCCUUUGUUCAUCCUGGGGAGAACGCGAGGAGGCGUGAUCCUAGGAAAUAUCAUUAUAGUUGUGUCCCCUGCCCUGAAUUUCGUAAGGGUUCCUGCAGGCAGGGUGAUAAUUGUGAGUAUGCACAUGGUAUUUUUGAGUGCUGGCUUCAUCCUGCUCAAUAUCGAACUCGUUUAUGCAAGGAUGAGACUAAUUGCACCAGGAGGGUCUGCUUCUUUGCUCACAAGCCCGACGAGCUUCGUCCGUUGUAUGCUUCAACAGGUUCAGCAGUGCCUUCCCCAAGAUCUUAUUCAGCUAAAGGUUCCUCCUUAGAUGUGGGUUCGAUGAGCCCACUUGCUCUUGGCUCUCCAUCUAUUAUGAUACCUCCGACAUCAACACCACCCUUGACCCCUACCGGUGCCACUUCUCCUAUGGGUGGAGCUAUGUGGCCAAAUCAGUCUAACAUCUUGCCUCCUACUUUGCAGCUUCCUGGUAGUAGGUUGAAAGCUGCGUUAAGUGCUCGGGAUAUGGACUUAGACAUGGAACUAUUUGGGUUGGAAAGUCAUCAUCUCCACCAGCACAAGCAGCUAAUUGAUGAGAUAUCUGGUAUUUCCUCCCCAACCAGCUGGAACAAUCCCUUGUCUACUGCUUCAGCCUUUUCUGCCUCUGGUGACCGAAAUGGGGAAUUAAAUAGGUUUGGAGGGGUGAAGCCCACUAGCCUUGAGGAUAUUUUUGGAUCUCUUGAUCCUAUUAAUUUGCCACAAUUACAGGGAAAUUCACUUGACGCUGCAGCUCCUCAGCUGCAAUCUCCCACUGGAUUGCGGAUGCGUCAGAAUAUUGACCAGCAGCUCCGUGCUAGCUACCCUACCAACCUAGCAUCCUCUCCUGUGAGGGCAUCUCCAUCCUUUGGGAUUGAUCCCUUUGGGCCAACUGCAGCAACACUUUUAAGUUCGAGGUCAGCUGCCUUUGCAAACCGAAGCCAGAGCUUUAUUGAGCGUACUGGUGUGAAUUGUCAUUCAGGGAUAUUUUCGCCAGCUUCUUCAGCAAAUGCAGUGCCUUCUAACCUUUCAGAUUGGGGUUCCCCUGAUGGCAGAUUAGACUGGGGUAUACAAGGAGAAGAGCUAAACAAGAUGAGAAAAUCUGCUUCUUUUGGGUUCCGAAGCAAUUUUGGAAAUGCAGUACUCUCAAUGCCAUCAAGUUCUGAUGAGCCUGAUGUGUCUCGGGUACAGUCUCUGGCAAAGGACACUCCUUCUGGACAGUUGAGUUUGGAGGAUGAGCAGCAGCAGUGUCAUCUUAGCUCUGGGGGUGCGGAGAUGCUCCCUGCCUGGAUGGAGCAAUUGUAUGCAGAGCAAGAGCAGAUGGUGGCCUAAAAGCAAAGCUAGCCCCCGACGUGGCUCCUAAGUUAACCAUUAACUAGUUUUCUUUUCGGGUCAUUUUUGUUAAGAGUUGAGAGUUUGUAAUUGGAAUGAAAUGGAGAUGGGAAAAAGUUGAUUGCUCCCUUAGGAGAGAAUACAGGGUGAGCAGAAGAGAAGGUUUCUGCUUGUACUGCUCUUAGAUUCUCAAGAAUAAUGUCUUCUUUAUUCUUUUUUUGUCACAAAAUUUGGUUCUUUUGUUGGAUGGGGUUCCAUAUUCAUCCAAGUAGAAACAUGAUUUGCAGAAGAGGGUCUCUUUUUGUCUUUCAAUUUCUGGAGGAUGUGCACAUUUUAUGUAACACAAACUUCUGCAUUAUUUAAUAUAUAUGUGUGUAUAAGAUUUCCGGUGAAAA